UCCGACCAUCUUCUUCUUAUAUCCUCAGACUGCAACUCUCUCUGUAAAUUACCACAGAAGUCUCAUCGCAAAACUCUCUCUCUCUCUCUCUCUCUCUCUCUCUGAGCUUCUAUGGGUUUCCCAGUGGGUUACACAGAAGAUUUUCUUCCCAAACUCUUCAUAUACACACUUUCCCUUCUGGGUUUCAUCAGAACUCUCAUUUUAUCUCUCUUCCGCUUUCUGGGUCUCCCAGAUUUCCUCGAACCAGAUGUUUUCUUCCAAGAAAACCCAACCCAAAGACCCGAAGCCCCGCCCGUAUCAGCAGUCCUGAUCCGAGAACUCCUUCCUGUGUUCAACUUUGAGGAUCUCCCCCGCGUCGGCGCCGGAGACCCACCGGAAAGUUGUGCAGUUUGCCUGUACGAGUUCGAGCAUUGGGAAGAGAUCAGAUGGUUGACGAACUGCAAGCAUAUUUUCCACCGGGCUUGUUUGGACCGUUGGAUGGACCAUGAUCAAUUGACUUGUCCUCUUUGUAGGACACCUUUUGUGCCACUUGAUUUGCAAGAUGAGUUUAAUCGACGGCUAUGGGCCGCCUCUGGUAUUUCGCAUGAUUUUUUUUGUGACAACAACACAGUUUUUGGGUUGUAAACCUUGACAUUAUUGAUGGGUUGUUUUUGUAUUUUUGUAUUUUUUUUUUUUGAGAUAUAUAAAUGUAUAUACAUGAAAAAUAUUUGUGUCAAAUAAAAAAAAAAAUUUGAGGUUUUGUUCAUGUCUAUUCGAUCUUUUAAUAAAUAGUCAAUUACAGGUUAAAAAGUCUCACAGUCAAAUUUAACAUUGAACAUUGAUGGAACAUAGCCCU